GACGUGCGCCGGCUCCUGGGCGCGUUGUGUUUGACGUAGACGCUGUCUGUUCUGUCUGUACCGUCGUGGUUCAAGUCUCAUUGCUUGCUAGUCAUGGCGACCGAAAAGAGGCUCUUUCGCUUUGUGGUCUUCGGAGCCUCCGGCUUCACCGGCCAGUUCGUAGUUCAGGAAGUGGCCCGACAGCAGAUGAGCCCGGAGCUACGCAGCUCUGCGCUGCCCUGGGCCGUGGCCGGCCGGAGUCGGGAGAAACUGCUGCAGGUGUUGGAGAAGGCAGCGGAGAAAUUGGAAAGACCAACACUCCCAGCUGAAGUUGGUAUAAUAAUUUGUGAUAUCAUUAAUCCAGCGUCUCUUGAUGAAAUGGCUAAACAAGCAACUGUUGUUCUCAAUUGUGUAGGACCAUAUCGGUUUUAUGGAGAACCUGUGGUCAAAGCAUGUAUUGAAAAUGGAGCCAGCUGCAUUGACAUCUCUGGGGAACCACAGUUUCUGGAAGAAAUGUAUUGGAAAUAUCAUGAAAAAGCUGCAGAGAAAGGGGUAUAUAUCAUUGGAAGCAGUGGUUUUGAUUCCAUUCCAGCUGAUAUGGGAGUUUUAUAUACCAGAAAUAAGUUGAAAGGUACCCUGACUGCUGUUGAAAGUUUCCUGACAUUAAAUUCAGGACCUGAGGGAAUGUGUAUUCAUGAUGGCACUUGGAAGUCAGCUGUUCAUGGUUUUGGUGACCAGAAGCAUUUAAGAAGCCUACGAAAACAAUCAAAUAUGAAACCUGUUCCAGUUGUUGGUGCAAAAUUGAAAAGAAGAUGGCCUGUUUCUUACUGUAGUGAACUGCGUGAAUAUUCUAUUCCAUUCAUGGGAGCUGAUGCCUCUGUUGUGAAACGGACACAGCGGUUCUUGCAUGAAAACUUGCAGGAAACACCAGUGCAGUAUGCUGCUUAUGUGACUGUUGGAGGCCUCACUUCCGUUAUUAAACUGAUGUUUGCAGGACUUUUCUUUUUACUCUUUGUGAAGUUUAGCAUUGGGAGACAACUUCUGGUAAAAUUUCCAUGGUUGUUCUCUUUUGGGUAUUUCUCACAACAAGGACCAACACAGAAACAGAUGGAUGAUGCUUCAUUUACAUUUACAUUCUUCGGUAAAGGAUAUAGCCAGGACCAAACUACAAAACAUGGCAAACCUAAUAUUACAAUUUGUACCCAGGUAAAAGGCCCAGAAGCUGGUUAUGUGGCUACUCCCAUAGCAAUGGUUCAAGCAGCUGUGACUCUUUUAAAAGAUACCUCUGAGCUUCCUAAAGGAGGUGGUGUCUUUACACCAGGAGCCGCUUUCUCCAAAACCAAGCUGAUUGAAAGACUCAACCAGUGUGGCAUUGAAUUUAGUGUCAUUAGCAGCUCUGAAGUCUAAAAAUUAGAAAUACUGACAAAAUUGCAUGAAUUAACAGCUUCUCCAUUUGAUACAUGAAAUGCUUAAGAUAAUUCCAUGUGACCAGGGCAAAAAGAGGCUUGCAUAAAAAGCAGUUUCUGCUAGGCACACGCAGGCUGAGUUGCUCUUCUUGACUUAUAUCACUGCUUGUCAGGGGGGAUCUAAAAAGUACUUCAGAUGGGAGGAGUGAGCUCUGAGAAAUGGAGGGCAGCUUUGCAAUGACUUUCCCUGAUGCUUUUCUGUGCCUUUGCUGUUCAGGCUUGAUCCUCAGCACCCUCUAACUAGCUUUGGUUAUAUAAUGAGAUGAAGAGUAAGUACAGGUGCCAUCUAGACGACUGCUUGUGUACUGGCCUGCAUCUCAUAUUUACACAGGAGUAUGAACGUGCUUCUCAUGCCCCAACUUACUUGCUAAUAAUACCUAGUGAUUCUUCUGGCUGUAUUUGUAAAGCCUAUGCUUGAAUAUGCUGAUAAAGAUUUUUCUUCAAUUUUCAGUGCCCAAAAUAAGUUUUUUCCUCAUUCACUCCUUAGGCCAUAACUGGGUUGUCCAUUGAUGAAGCACAUUGUCCCUCACAAAAGCUAUGCAUGUUUGUUUUUUAACACUAAACGUGCCAUACAGCUUGAGCCUCUUCUAAAAAUGAGAAACAGCUUUAUGUCUGUGAUAUCUGACCUUGGGAAAAUCAACUCCCUGGCAUGUAGUUUAUUAAUUUGUAGGAUGUGAUGGAUGAAAUAACUUUUUCAGAAUCCAUCCUGGUUGGUGCUUCUGUCUUAGUUGCUUUGAAUAUAUUCUAGUUAUAAGCAUUUUAAGAUCCAAACAUUUAUCAUGCUGUUAUAAAACAGAACAGCCUUUUAAAAUGUCCUCAGUGUGGUCAUUGGAAAUAGCUUUUGCUUUUAUGAGUUUCCUUAGCUAAUUAUUAUACACACGAAGUAAUUAAAACUAUUGGUUUAAAUGAUAGCAUGUAAUUCAAAAAUUUAGGGUUUUAAGCCAGUUACAGUUUGUCCUCUGUACCUACAGAUUUCAUUUUCAAACUACAGAGACUUUUUUUGAUCAGUAACUAACCCAUUCAGCCUCUUUUAUAAACAUAAGUAUUUAGUAAACCAGCAUUAAUAUUAACAAGCUAAUCAAAGUGAAUUUUAAAUGUUUUAUGGGAAGCUGGAGCCUCGAUAUUUGGUGUGCACUAAACUCUCUCUUUUCUUCUUAACUAUAAGAGCAACAUCAUUUUUCAGCUUCCACAGGCUGGCUUCAAGUAGUUCACCAAUGUCCUUUAAGAGAUGUGACUGUCUUUGUGUAUAAGGACGUAACAUUUGAUCAUCAUCCUGAAAAAUAAAUGAACCAAAAUGAGUAAGA